AUGUAUUUGGAACCGAAAUCCCGUUGGACUUGCUUGGGGCAUUUUGCUAAUUCGAGUUUGUUUGAUAGGCGAAUCUCCGUGUCCGUCGUGGCCUCCAACGUGGCGGUCGACAAUGACCUGAUAUCCCUCGAUGUCGGCGAAGAAAUGACACUCGCAGACCUCAAAGCUGUAAUACAGAGCGAUAUCGAAAUUCCCCCGGCUGCUCAGAAACUAUUCCACAACAACCUGCUACUGACAGACGAUUCGAAAACCUUGUCACAAAUCGGAAUCACACCGGGCGAUAUGCUAGGAUUGCACAUUCGAACCCCCCAGCAAGAACUUCAAAGGCCUCAGGGAUUGGCGCACCCUACUUCGCGAGUGACUCAACAGGCGUUAUCGCGAAGGCAGCAAAUGUUGCCAGACCCGGAGACGUUACGUCUACAUAUGUUGGGUGACCUACGGGUGCUGGAGGGAGUUCGAAGUCAAAACCCACAGCUGGCGAACGCUGCGGAGGAUUCUCAGCGAUUUCGGGAGGUUUUAUUCGCUCAACAACGAGCUGAGGCGGAGGCUGAAGCUGCCAAAGAAGCAAGGAUCGCUAUGCUAAAUGCCGACCCUUUCAACCUUGAUGCACAGCGGGAGAUAGAGGAGAUCAUUCGCCAGAACGCCGUUACAGAAAAUCUACAUAACGCAAUGGAGUUUAGCCCCGAAGUAUUCGGUCGCGUUACUAUGCUCUACAUUCCUGUGGAGGUAAACGGCCACAGGGUGAGAGCUUUCGUUGAUUCGGGAGCCCAAGUCACAAUAAUGUCUCCCGAGUGUGCAUCGGCGUGCAACAUCAUGCGUCUAAUUGACCGACGAUACGGCGGAGUUGCCAAGGGAGUGGGCACAGCCGAUAUCAUGGGACGUGUACAUCUUGCCCAUAUAAAGAUUGGUACCCUUUUCCUACCAUGCUCGUUUACCGUCAUGGAAGGCAAGCAUAUCGACCUUUUAUUGGGCCUAGAUAUGCUGAAGAGACAUCAGGCAUGCAUUGAUUUGAAAGAAAAUGUGCUCAAAAUACGGGACCAAACUGUGCCCUUCCUCCACGAAGCAGAUAUACCAGAUCACCAGGAUGAAUUUGCAGAUGAACCGCUUGUCCGUGGACGAGACGGGGCCGUUGUCGGCGGACGAUCAGGUGCUGUCACUCAUCCAGCUGGAAAUCCCGGCCCAGCCGCGCAGAAUAUAUCAGCAUUAUCAUCAACGCCAGCCAAACGACCUGCACCGGAUUCUCCUAAACCAAAUCUUAAUACUUCAUCUACUCGAGCGCCAGUGCCGACCAGCGCCAAUACGUCCCGCUGGCCAGCAGAUUCAGUAUCCAAAAUCACGGAUCUAGGUUUUACUCGCGAAGAGGCCAUUCAGGCUCUCGACGCUGCAGAAGGUGACUUGGACGGGGCAAUCGGGUAUCUCAUCUAA